AUGAGUCAGUUUGGUGAAUUGUUGGGUUUGAGUUUGGGAUUGCAGGGAAGAGAAGAAGGGAAAACGAUUCUUGAAUUUUUGAAGGAGAGGAUGGACGGUGUGGAUCGAUUGGAGAGACGCAAGUCACUUGCUCAACGGCUGGGAUUCAAAGGGAUGGGCUGUUGUGGGGCCACUUGGGGUGUACGAGAUUCGGACAUAAGCGUCAUGGACGACGAUGAUCGUUCCUAUGAUUUUGAUUCGGGCCCACCGUUGACAAACAAUCAGACAGAGCAGCAGGCUGAGGAUGUAGAAUCGGGUCGGGUUGACCCGGUUGUCAGUCCGGAUCCGGGUUGUGAAAGUGGAGCUCCGGUCGUGGCGGGGAUGAAUUUAGCGGAUGCGUUGGCCGCCGAACGGCAAUUCCGGGCGGGUGACGAGGGAGAAGACGGGUCGGGUUUGAGUCCGACCCGACCCGAUAAUGUGCCGGAUACGCCGUUGAGGGUGUCGUUGAUGAGACUGUUGGAAGAAACGGACGGCGGAGAUGGGGAGGAGGUGGAAGAGAAAGGGGUGGUGGGGUCCACGGGGAGUGCGGAUUCAGUGUGCUGCGUGUGCAUGGGAAGGAAGAAAGGAUCGGCGUUUAUACCAUGUGGCCAUACUUUUUGUAGGGUGUGCUCGAGGGAGCUGUGGUUGAAUCGAGGGACGUGUCCUCUUUGCAACCGUCAGAUCGUUGAAAUUCUUGAUAUUUUCUGAGAUUUUGCUCUGUGAUCGAUGAAGGUUUGUAUACGCAGAUUUGAUUUACAUUUUUAUGUAUCCCUCGUUGUGAAAAAAAGGCUGGCAAUGUGUGGUUUCUUUGUAAA